AUGCUACAUUCUACCAUUAAUCAACAAGGCCAAGUAGAAUUCAGUUGGAAGGUCAUCGGCAACGAACUCCUGCAUCCACUUUGCACCAGAGAAUCCCCAUUCGAUGAUGCGGCAACCUCUCGAAGUCUGCAUCCCAACCCUGGUGCAGAUUCUUCCCAGUCCUAUGUCGAUAAGGCUUCCUCAAUUAUCAAUUUCGACAGCCUCCUUUAUAUGCCGUGCCAGACUCUCCCAUGUGGAGCUCAGAACCAGGCUUCCUCUCCGUCGGCGACUUUCCUUGAGAUCACUGAUCCCCACACGAAUGACGGUAGUAAGGCAUGCCUCCCUAGUAUCAGUGAGCUUGAUCGCCAAUUCCGACAAUUUGUUCGCGGCAUCCGAAAGGAUCACGAUUUCCCUUACAUUCACCAACGUCUGCUUUAUUUUUCCUCCAAGGAAGCAAAGCGCCGAAAUGGUCACGUCAACGAAAGUUACCGGACAUAUAGCCAAUUCUGGCUAGCGAAGAAAAACCGUGCAUCCGUUCGUAUGGUUAUUUGUUCCGUACCCCAGGGGACUUACACUUGGGGUGCGGCUUUGAUCAAGUCACAAGAUGGGAGAGAAGCCAAUCUUCUUAUAUACGAGUGCGAUUUCGUCCGUUGGACACAGACUUCUCGGAAGGAAAACAAACUACCUCUCUCCAACCAGCAAGCCUUUUGGAAGCAGGCGCAAAAGAAUGGGGCCACCGCCUUAUGGUAUCACGAAUAUCAGCCCAAACAUGGCGUCAGAUCCGUUAUGAAAGCUGUUGCGUGGAUCAGAAGAAUGAUCACGUUUGGAGAUGAACGCUUAGCUGACAACGACCAACGUCUCAAACGAUUUAAACGGCUGGUGUAG